AACGACGCAUGUCCUUUCUGUACUCUUCACUGGCUUUUGUAUUAACGCUGCUGAUUGCUGGAGAGGAACUGAAGUAAAGGUGCUGGAGUUCACCUUGGGAAUCUGCAUUCAGACUUUUAUUGCUGUCCUGAAGCAAUUUCACAAGACAUGACCUGGGUUCUAAAACAGACUUAUCUCCAGAAAAUGAGUGAAGUUGGUGAUGAAAGUUCCAGUUCUGAUGAAGAAGAAUUGGAAGUCGAGAAGGAGGAACCCAUCUGUGCUUUAGCUCCAACAGUCUAUACCCGAGAUGAAGUAUCCACUGAUGUAACAUCAAGUCCUGCAUUUCAGUGUUUAGAUGAGCUGUUUUCUGCUGGAAAACUCACCAACUCCAGAGUAGCUGAUCUGAAGGCAAAGUACACCCUGCUGCAUGAAACUGUAAGAAGUUUACAGGAAUCUGAGAUCCAGCUGUUGCAGGAAGCCAAACGUCUUAGUGUAGACCUGGAACAACAGCAGCAUGAGCUGGAAAAAGCAGAACAGUUCCCUGAAGAUUCUUCCAGUGAAGUCUGGCGAAUAAGGCAACAGCUUCUUAACUGCCAAAAUGAGUACAACGCUAUUAAAGAAAGAGAGCAUGGAAUUCAGUUAAGGAUAAAAUGUUUGCAAGAAGAGAAAAGACUUCUGGAAAAAGAAUAUGAAAGAGCUCCGAAGCAAGGGGAAUCAAAUAAGGCAAUGAAAAAAAUGAAAGAAGAUUGUGAUGAGCUCGACAAAGAAGUAACCCAAAGGAAAGCAGAAGUUAAUGCAGUGAAAGAAGACAUUUUAUCCAAGCAGGAACUGGCGUUAAUAGAUAAGAAAGAAGUGGAAAAGCUUCAGGAGGUCCAGGAUAGUUUAAAAGAUGAAUUAGUCAAGAUCCUCGGUGUUCCAAUGCAACUUAAAAAAGAAGCUGAGAAGAUAAAUCAGAAAAAAAUCAAUGCAGAAAAGACGAACGAAGACCUUAAUAACCAAAUGCAGGAGUUAAACAGCACCCUGAAAGACAUUGACAAAGGGACAGAAGAGAUUUUGCAAGAAAGAGAAGUUGUAAUGAAGGAACUGGAUGGAAAACGAGCUUUGAUGGAAAGCAGAGAACGAGAAUGUGCUGCUUUGACAAAAAUGCUAGAAACUGGUAGAGAAAAGGAAAUGGCCAUCCUGGUAGAGAGAGACUCUCUGAAAACUACGUUAAAGGAACGAAUCCUUGAGAACAAACGGCAGCGGGAAACUCUCAUUCGCAUGCAAAUACAGAAAGAUAAAGAACUGAAAAGUCUGAAAAAGAUGGAGCAACAGCUGAACAUUAUUUAUGAUUCCUUGGAACAAGAUAAGUCACAUCACAAAACCCUCAAAGUAGAGGCAGAAGCUAUCCCCAGAAUUAAUGCAGUAUUACUAGAAAGAAGACGAGAACUGCAGAAGGAAAUUGAUAUGAAAAAGAGAUGUUUAGCUGAACAGGAGAUGAUAUCAGACACGGAUGCCCGCACAUUAGAGGAAUGCAUUGCUGAAGAAGGCCGGUUGUUCAAGGAGCAGGAAAAACGCCGCGAUGAGUUAUCCAGACUCGCACGUCUGACUUGGCUCAAAGUUGAAGAGAAGGAACAGAAAUCGAGGGAAUUUCAGAAAGUCCAGAUGCAGUUUCAAAAUAUUAUUAGAGAACUAAAAAGAAAGGAUCUUGAAAUAGAACAGCAUAAAAAGAGGAAAAGAAGAGUUCAAAAACAACUCCGAGGAGCUGCUAAGAUUUGUGAAGUAAUCAAAAAUGAAAGGAAUAAGUGUAUACAUUUGCUUAAUAUUGCUCAGCAGAAAACUACUGAAAUUAAAGAGCAGAUAAAAGUAAAAGCAAGUGAAAGUGAAACUUUAAGGAAUACUCUUAUGACCCAAGAAAGAGAACUGCAGAAACAACACAUGAAGAAUAAAAACAACAUAGCAAUUAAUGAGAGUCUCAGAAAGGAUUGUUCCAAAGUCGAAAAAGUCAUGAAUGACAUGAAUGAAAAGAAAAAGCAGAACGUUAUGGAUCUUAACGGACUUACCAACAUAGUCACCCAUGUUGAAGAGGAAAUUGCGCAACUGCACAAUAAGUACAAAAGAGCCAUAGAGGAAAAAAAUGAGAGCGGCCUCCUGCUUAGAAGUCGAGAAGAGGAAGUAUGCAUUUUAUAUGAAAAAAUAAACACACAGGAGUUUCUGUGUAGGAAAGGAGAUAUUGAGUUGCAAGCUAUGGAUGAAAAGAUCAGUUUUCUGAAGAUGAAGGCGGCUGAGAUAGAGACACAGAUUAAAUUCUGGCUCAAAGCAAUCCCAAUGGAGAAAGCCCUGGAUGCAGAGCUGGUCGUACUUCAGAUACAGUAUUCCCAGUGCAAGGACAGGAUUAAAGAGAUGGAGGAAAUCUUCGUUGACCCCAAGAAUGAGAACAGAAAGCGAGACCUGGGAGGGAAGGACCUGUCUCCACCUGAACUGCGGAAGAAGAUUGAACAGCUGGAGGAGGAGCUGGUGCAGAAGGAGGAGAAGCUGCUGGAGACAGAGAUGAUCUACGAACACAUCGUCCGGCUCACAGACAGGAUCCGCGCCACAGCAGAGAACGGGCAGCAGGGCACAAUGCUGCUGGCAACACGGAUAAAUGAACUACAGCAGAAGAUAAAAGACAGGACCAAGAAGAUGAUGGCUCUUGUCGCAGAGUUAUCCAUGAAGCAGGCCCUUGCCAUUAAACUCCAUCAGGAAAUGAGAGACAGAGAAGAGUUUUUGAUGAUUGUUUCGUCAAGGAUAGAACAAGGCCUUCCUCCUCCUAAAGAGACAGAGAUUGAAUGGUUGAAGGUUUUACGCAACGAGAAGAUGCACAAAGAAGCAGCAGAGGCCAGAGCUAGAGCUGCAGAAGAGGAAGAAGCUGCAGUGCUUGGCCAUGUCCACACAACAGCUGAACCGCGGCCAAAUGCUUAUGUCCCAGAUGAUGCAUACAGCCUGCCACUGCCACGGCCCUAUGGCGCUUUGGCUCCUUUCAAGCCAAACGAACCUGGUUCAAAUAUAAGACAUUUCAGAAAACCAAUUAUAAAGCCAAUUGAAAUCUAAGAAGACAGCACAUGAAGGAAGAGAAGCCCUUACCAGCUGCUGAGUAUCACAAGUUGACAGCACUUAUCCUACAUGAAAUGCACAUUAGAGUAUAGCCAAAUUCUACACAGCAAACAAAGCAGUACAUAAUUCCAGAAGCGCAGCUAAAUACUCAGUGAUACAAGUUCCUUCCUUCUGAUUUGGUGGAGCCUGAUAUGCCAAAUGCACUGCAGUAUUUUAAAAUGAGUAAUCAUCAGACUACUCUUUUGUUUUUUCAGGUAAAGUUUUAUUACAUCUAUUUUACCGCACAUUUCAAUAAAAACAAUAAGGUAGAA